AUGACCACUCUCAAGAGCCAACAUUAUGAUUUUGCGGCCUCCUUGGUUGCGAUGCACUUCGGAAUCCAGAAGAAUGAUUUUACAAUCGAGGAUAUGGAAAAGGCGAAGAACAACCAUGUCUACCUUAUUCACCUAGAGCAGCCGCUCGCAGAGCUAGGGCGGACCAAGACUGGGGUUUUAAAGCCCUAUACCUCGGUAAUCCCAGUAGGGACCUCGAAAAUGGUGCUACGAAUCUCUAAGAACAAUGUGAACUUAGAGAAUUCUGUGCGAAUUCGGAAUGAAGUUGCGUUCCUCGCUUUAGCCCGCGAUGCAUUAUCUGCUAUAGAUGCCUCAGUGAUCCCACGAGUGUUCGGAUGGGAGGAUAAGAGAUGGGAAGAUAGGACAUCUACCGAUCCCUUGUCUCUUAGCUGGAUCCUUGAAGAAUUUAUGGAAGGGGACUCGCUAAGCCCAGAUGAGAUCCUUGCACUAGAUCACGAUACUCGGAAGUCACUGCUUUAUCAGAUUGCACAGGUUGUGAAAGCUUUCCAGGAUUAUCAACUUCCUAAAGCUGUUAGUAUGUAUGGUGGCUUGAAGUUCGAUGAGCAAGGUGAAAUCGUGAAUACGAUCUCAACUCUACCUUGUGGUGGACCCUUCCAAACCUAUCCACAAUUUGUUAGAGGAAUGUGUAUCUGGCAACUGAAAAUGAGCGACCGAAGUGCUUAUCUGAAUGGGUGGCGGGAUAUACCUGGUUUACGGGAACGAUUAGACGACUUCUUUACUCGUGGGCUCGGCCGGCUUCUAGAUGAAAUUCCCGAACAACGGCCAACUCUGAUACAUGCAGACUUAUGCAUGUCGAACCUACUCUUCAAUCGCAGAAGCAACCGCCUAAGUGCAGUUCUAGACUUUGACUUCGCUCAUAUUGGUGCGCCAAUCUCUGAGUACUUGUUUUCCUUCUGGGAUCUAGAUGGUUUACUUCCUGGAAGCUCCGAUCCUAAUGACCCUCUACGCAAAUAUAUCUUGAAGGGGUUCCCAUUUGCGGAGGAAGAGGAAGGGGUCGAAGAUAAGUGGAAACUUGCUCGAGCAUGGGAAAAUGCUUUGUCUGACGUAGGAGCUAAAAAGCCAUCUACGAUCGAUAAAGCGGGAGAUAUAGCAGAUAUAUGGUGGUUCUCUCAGGAUCUGUGCGAGGCCUAUUGGUUUAUAGACACCUUUUUGGAAAAGAGAACACCAGAGAAGCUGGAGGAGUUUAAGGCUGCAAGUGCGAGCAAUCUAGAGAGAUACUUGGCACACUGGGGGUUUUACAGCCCCCCCGAGAUCGGAAUAGGGCUUUUAUUUUACUCUAAGCAGUCUUACCUGUAG